AGUAACUUCAAACCUCAAAUGCAACUUUGUAAAAUGUUUUGAUCUUACAAUCAAAUUUACUAUCAUUCUCGCAGAUUCCAUCUUUAAGCCCUUUCACCAUCUCCAUCUCUUAACCUCUCCAACCGUAUCCCUCCAUAAUACAUGAAUUGAAGAAAAGAUUCAGGAGAUAAAAAGGGACACAAAAAUGGCAUCACCUGGUGCAGAUUCUUAUACCCCACGUAACAUACUUAUAACAGGAGCUGCUGGUUUCAUCGCAUCACAUGUAGCUAAUCGUUUAAUAAAGAAUUACCCCAACUACAAAAUCGUCGUCAUCGACAAACUAGAUUAUUGUUCGAGCCUCAAAAACCUUCUCCCUUCAAAAUCCUCCCCUAACUUCAAAUUUGUCAAAGGUGACAUUGCAAGUGCUGAUCUCGUAAACCAUUUAUUGGUACUAGAAGAGAUCGACACGAUAAUGCACUUUGCAGCUCAAACGCAUGUUGACAAUUCAUUUGGAAACUCAUUUGAGUUCACUAACAAUAACAUCUACGGAACCCAUGUUUUGCUAGAAGCAUGCAAAGUUACCCGCCGCGUUAAACGUUUCAUUCAUGUAAGCACUGACGAAGUCUAUGGUGAGACAGACAGUGAAACUGACGUGGGAAAUCCUGAGGCUUCACAACUUCUUCCUACUAACCCAUAUUCUGCUACUAAAGCUGGUGCUGAAAUGCUUGUAAUGGCAUACCAUCGAUCUUACGGUCUACCGACCAUAACUACCCGAGGUAACAAUGUCUACGGUCCAAACCAGUUCCCUGAAAAGCUGAUCCCAAAAUUUCUUCUCCUUGCAAUGAAAGGACUUCCACUGCCAAUACAUGGAGAUGGUUCAAAUGUUCGAAGCUAUUUGUAUUGCGAAGAUGUCGCCGAGGCAUUUGAUGUUGUGUUGCACAAAGGUGCAAUAGGGCAUGUGUAUAAUGUUGGAACCAAAAAGGAAAGAAGUGUUCUUGACGUUGCCGAAGAUAUAUGCAAGCUUUUUAAUUUGGAUCCGAAGCAAAAUAUAAAGUUCGUUGAUAAUCGCCCUUUUAAUGAUCAGCGGUACUUUCUGGAUGACCAAAAGCUCAAGAAACUUGGAUGGCAGGAGAGGACGUCCUGGGAGGAAGGGUUGAAGAUAACCACAGAAUGGUAUAGAAAUAAUCCAGAUUGGUGGGGAGAUGUAACUGCUGCACUUCUUCCUCACCCUAGAAUGACUGUUGUCGGGAACUCAAAUGACGACACAUAUUUUGUUGGGUAUGAAAGAAAAGCCGACGAUGGAAACAAAACAAAUUUGAAGUUCUUGAUUUAUGGGAAGUCAGGCUGGAUAGGAGGAUUACUAGGAAAGCUGUGCAAGGAAGACGGGAUUGCAUUUGAGUACGGCUGUGGACGGUUAGAGGAUCGCAGGUCGAUCAUUGAAGAUAUUAGAAAAGUUAGUCCUACUCAUGUUUUUAACGCAGCCGGUGUGACAGGUAGACCUAAUGUCGAUUGGUGUGAAACCCAUAAGGUGGAGACGAUUAGGACUAACGUAGUGGGUACCUUAACGUUGGCUGAUAUUUGCAAAGAGCAUGGCCUUUUGAUGGUUAAUUUUGCAACAGGAUGUAUAUUUGAGUAUGAUAAUGAUCAUAAAGAAGGUUCUGGCAUUGGAUUCAAAGAAGAGGAUACGCCGAAUUUCAUCGGUUCUUUCUAUUCAAAGACUAAAGCCAUGGUUGAGGAGCUUUUGAAAGAAUUCGAGAAUGUUUGUACGCUGAGAGUGAGGAUGCCGAUUUCGUCAGACCUUAGCAAUCCGAGAAACUUCAUCACAAAAAUCAGUCGUUACAAUAAAGUCGUGAACAUACCUAACAGCAUGACAGUACUAGACGAACUUCUACCGAUUUCUAUCGAAAUGGCUAAAAGGAAUUGCAGAGGGAUAUGGAACUUCACCAAUCCAGGCGUGGUAAGCCACAACGAAAUCUUAGAAAUGUAUCGCGAUUACAUUGAUCCUGGAUUCAAAUGGGAGAAUUUCAACCUUGAAGAACAAGCUAAAGUUAUUGUAGCACCAAGGAGUAACAACGAGUUAGAUGCUACGAAGUUAAAAACUGAAUUCCCUGAAUUGCUAUCGAUCAAAGAUUCGAUUAUUAAGUAUGUAUUCGAGCCCAACAAGAAAACUUAAAAACUUUUUUUGAUGUUGCAUUUUUAGUUUUCAGU